AGCUGUUCAAUAAAUUUAAAUGUAACUGGGCGUACAAUCAAUUACCUUAUAACAGUUAACCCAUAUUUAAUUAACAUCAUUGAGUGAAUCAUGAAUGAAAGUUCUGACAUUGUAUCAAAGUUAACCUCACUCAAUGGAGAAGUUCACCAACUCCGAGAGACAAUAUCCAAAGUUGAGACAAUAAUUACGCAACAAUCGAACCAAGUCAAUGAGAUUUAUAAACUCUUGUUGGCAUUCGGUGAUGGACUUCAGCCGAUUCUUCAUCAAGCUCACCAUGCGUCCUCAUCAGAGCAUGUAAAAGAACAAAACAAACCUAUUGUGGAGAACGAUUGUACAAGACCGAGGCAACGAAAACUAAGUCAAGCUGACUUGCUGGCAGAAACGUCAUCCCAGCAUGCUCUCCAAAACUGCGAAAUUACUGAGAAAAACUUUUCACAAGUACGACUUACUGCUUCCCGAAGUUCUCCAGCUUUCAACACGAAUUUGUAUUCUUCAAACUUUCUGAAUGUAAAUACGGAUGAAUCCCAAAACUCAGGCUUGAAGCGUCGGAAUCGAACGGCAAGUUUUAGUCAGCCACGUGAAAAAAACGAAGAAGUUAGCAGAAUUAGAUCUAAUAGCUUUUCUGUGACGUCAGCUAAAAAAUCUGGAUCGAAAUCAGAAUCUUUAAGCAAAAUCAGCAGAAGUUCGUCGCUUAAAAAAUUGUCCUGUGAAAGCGGAAUCGGUAUACAUGAUGAAUUGUUCAUCGAUGCAGAUGAUGAGAUUGAAUGCUGCGAUAUUGUCGUUCCUGUUCCUAACAGCGAUAUCCAGGAAUGCAUCUCUGAUAAGGAUGGCGCUAUUUGCAAUAUUCACGCAGACACCAUGGCUGAAACCGUUAAUGUUUCGCCUACCACUUACGAGAAAGGUCUGGAGAAUGAAUGCGUACAAAGCCAACAAAACAAUAAUAACGUAGCGCUGUCAUUAACUAAAGAACAAACAGCACAUAAUUCUGUACAACAGCACGAUGCAAAUGAGUCAUUACUGGCUGCACGCAUUAGAAAGAUAUCCAAAGAUAAACAUAGACCAAUGGAAUGUAUCCCAGGCACCGAUGACGUCACCAGAGCAAUUGACUCCUGUGAUAAGAAUCACGGCCCAUCAACAACAUUCCUAAAUGAACAACAAGACAAAACUAUGUCUGAUACAAAAUGUUCAUCUGCAGAGUUAACAGUACAGAUUAAAGAUUUCGAUUUAACUGAGAAGUCGACAGUUUUAGAAAAUACUCAACAAGAAAGCAUUUCGGACACUUCUAAUAUCGAAGCUUUUAAACACUCGAGUGCGAGUGUUACAAAUCAGUACAAAGACGCAAAAGACGACAGCCCUAGUUUCGCUCUUUUGAAGGAGCGAGUAUACAGCUGUUCAGAUUUAAACCAGGCUUCUAGUACCAGAUCAUCUUUGUUGGACAACAAAAUGAAGUUGACUCGUCAGCAUUCCGUAUCGAGCAACGCAAGUUCGGACAGCGCACCAGCGGGUCUUUAUAUAAAACUCGGCCACUCCGAGUCAGAAGGAGAGGAAAUCGAACAUGAAAUAAAAAUCAACCCAAUGCCACGACCAGCAUUUAUACACCGAGUUGUUCAAGUGAAAUGCACCAACUCAAAAUAUUUCUAUGAUUUGAAGGAGCAAGUUGGUGGUGGAAGAUUUGGUCGUGUGUACAAAUGCGUCGAAAAGAAAACAGGACUUUCACUUGCAGCAAAAUGUUUCAAAUGCAAGAAACCACACGAAACUACUGGCUUCAAAUCGAGAUCUAUGAAAAGACCAAUUAACAUUGCGACUAAGCGAACAGAUCAAGAGCCCGUUGAUAAGGAGGAUGUUCGACAUGAAAUAUCAAUAAUGAACAGUAUCGACCAUGAAAACAUUAUAAAGAUCUAUGACGCAUUCGAAUAUGAAAAUACAAUGACGCUUAUAAUGGAAUACAUGGAUGGAGGUGAAAUGUUCGAACGGGUUUUGGUAGAUCGUUCUCACCUGACGGAACUCGAUGCAAUUUUAUACAUGAGACAAAUAUGCAAAGCGAUGCAAUAUCUACAUAAAAACCUCAUACUCCACUUAGACUUGAAGCCCGAAAACAUAUUGUGUCUGGACAGAGAUUCACAUCACAUCAAAAUCAUCGAUUUUGGCCUUUCCAGAAAAUAUAAUCCCAGACAGAAGCUGAUGGUACACUGGGGCACGCCGGAAUUCAUGGCACCCGAAGUGUUGAAUUACGAACUCGUUAGCGCUGCGUCAGAUAUGUGGAGCGUUGGCGUCAUAUGCUACAUCCUUGUGAGUGGCGUUUCACCUUUUCUGGGAAAUGACGAUAAAGAAACAAUACAAAAUAUAAUUGAUUCCGAAUGGGAAUUUGACGAGGAAGAUUUCGAAGUAGUAUCUGCUGACGCCCGGGAUUUUAUCUCGCGAUUAUUAGUUGAUGAGAAAAGAGGACGAAUGAGUGCAGCGCAAUGUCUGCGUCACGACUGGCUUUCGAAACCUCUAACAACAAAUAAUCAUAGCUGCUUACAGAGUAAAAAACAGCUGAAGAAAUUCAUGGCGAGGAUGCACUGGAAGGCCGGCGUCGCAGCGGUUUCUGCUGCUAACUGGCUGUUCAGCAAAAACAGUCCGGAUCAUUCACCUGAUUCAACACCAUCUAGUGGCACAUCAGUAUGACAUAACCGCUCACCCAUGGAUUCCUCACCGUGAGAGUGGAUUAGGAUCACGGAUUCAAGAUGAAACAUUUAUCUCAUACAUGCACGUGCUGAUGUUACCGUAAAAAUGAAAUACUGGAUAAAUGAAUGACGAUUAUGAUGUUGCACAUUUCCUAUUAUAUUCAUCAAUGUUAUUUUGUGAAGUGUUACAUUUAUACCUAAACGGAUUCGUGAAAUUACAUCACGACCUUUUUAAUACUCCUGAUCUCCUAGCUUAGUUUUGCUGUGAUGUUUUCAGUUGUAUAAUAUAAAAUUUCAAAAUUCUUCUACAAAUAUCUUUUGAUACUCUUCUUUGUUCGAUGGUAAUAUUGUAAAUAUUGUUUAAAAAGUAUAUUAAACUCUUAUGCCAUAUUGGCACGUUAUACAUGUGUGAAACGUCAACACUUAUUGAAUGAUGAAUACAUUAUCUGUUCUUCAUGCAUUUUAAUCUACUUGUCGAAUUAUAUGCUAUGUUCUGAAUAUUAAAAAGAUCGCCAUUGGAAAUGAA